GAGCCGCCAUUAACGAGAGAGAGAGAGACUUGGCGAGUUAUAAUGUCUCCCGAGAAGAAGACUCGAAACUUUCCUCCGAUAACGGAAUGCAGAGACGGAGAGUACGAUUCGAUAGCCGCCGAUCUUGACGGGACUCUGCUUCUCUCAAGAAGUUCGUUCCCUUACUUCAUGCUCGUCGCCGUUGAAGCUGGAAGCCUUUUCCGUGGACUAAUCCUUCUUCUCUCGUUACCAUUCGUCAUUGUUUCUUACCUAUUCGUAUCCGAAUCUCUUGGAAUCCAGAUACUCAUCUUCAUCUCCUUGGCUGGUCUCAAAAUCCGCGAUAUCGAACUCGUCUCUCGCGCAGUUCUUCCACGGUUUUAUGCGGCGGAUGUGAGGAAAGACAGUUUUGAGGUGUUUGAUAAGUGUAAGAGGAAAGUGGUAGUGACGGCUAAUCCGAUAGUGAUGGUGGAGGCGUUUGUGAAGGAUUAUCUUGGAGGUGAUAAAGUUUUGGGAACAGAGAUUGAAGUCAACCCCAAAUCCAAUAGAGCCACUGGAUUUGUGAAGAAGCCUGGUGUUAUUGUUGGUGAUCUUAAGAGGUUAGCCAUUUUGAAAGAGUUUGGUGACAAAUCACCCGAUCUCGGCCUCGGUGAUCGAACCUCUGAUCACGAUUUCAUGUCUCUCUGCAAGAAAGGCUACAUGGUUCAUGCGAGCAAGUCAGCCACAACAAUUCCAAAAGAACGAUUAAAGAACCGUAUAGUCUUCCACGACGGGCGUUUAGCGCAACGUCCAACGCCCUUAAACGCCAUUAUCACAUACCUCUGGCUUCCUUUUGGUUUUGUCCUCUCCAUCAUUCGCGUCUACUUCAACCUCCCUUUACCUGAACGCUUUGUCCGUUACACUUACGAGAUGCUCGGGAUCCACUUAACCAUUCGUGGCCAUCGUCCUCCACCUCCUUCCCCCGGAACUCUUGGCAACCUCUAUGUCCUUAACCACCGUACCGCGCUUGAUCCCAUCAUCGUUGCCAUUGCUCUUGGACGCAAGAUCUGUUGUGUUACUUACAGUGUCUCUCGUCUCUCCCUUAUGCUUUCUCCUAUUCCUGCUGUUGCCCUCACCCGUGACCGUGUCACCGAUGCUGCCAACAUGAGAAAACUUCUCGAGAAAGGCGACUUGGUGAUAUGUCCGGAAGGCACAACGUGCAGAGAAGAGUAUCUACUGAGAUUUAGCGCUCUAUUCGCAGAGCUAAGUGACCGGAUCGUGCCAGUAGCGAUGAACUGUAAACAAGGAAUGUUCAACGGGACCACAGUGAGGGGUGUGAAGUUCUGGGACCCUUACUUCUUUUUCAUGAACCCAAGACCAAGCUAUGAAGCCACUUUCUUGGAUCGUUUGCCUGAAGAAAUGACUGUCAACGGUGGCGGCAAGACUCCUAUAGAGGUGGCCAAUUACGUCCAGAAAGUUAUCGGCGCGGUCUUGGGCUUCGAGUGCACCGAACUUACUCGCAAGGAUAAAUAUCUUUUGCUUGGAGGUAAUGACGGCAAGGUGGAGUCUAUCAACAACACCAAGAAGUGAAAAUCCAAACAAGGAUUUUUGUUACUUGCCAUUGACUAAUUGGAAGUAAGGUUAGGUCAUAUAAGAAUUUUCAUGUGUGUAAUUGCUGGAGCUGUUGUCAUCGUUAUGGUAUAUUGGUGGAAAAAGUAAACGUUUUAAUUGAUA